AUGUCAACCUCUACUCCCCCACAGGAGCUCAAGGAUGAGCUUAAGGUAGUUGAGGCCAAGGCCGUGAACCAAACAGUAGUGCAGUUGCGCUCUCUUGCAGCUGGAGCUGUGGGUGGACUCUGUGCGGUCAUUGUGGGACAUCCCUUUGAUCUUGUCAAAGUCCGUCUUCAGACGGCGGAGAAGGGUGUUUACUCAGGCGCUAUGGAUGUCGUGCGGAAGACAGUAGCCCGUGAAGGAUUGGCUCGGGGAUUGUAUGCUGGUGUGUCGGCCCCGCUUGUGGGCGUCACUCCGAUGUUUGCUGUCAGCUUCUGGGGUUAUGAUGUGGGCAAAACUUUGGUAGAAAAAUGGUCGACUGUGCCAGUGCGAAACAACACGCCGCAAUACUCCAUUUCUCAAAUUUCUGCUGCUGGAUUCUUCUCAGCUAUCCCAAUGACCCUGAUCACGGCCCCCUUCGAACGAGUGAAGGUGCUCUUGCAGAUCCAGGGUCAGAACCCUCCACCCCCAGGCCAGAAGCCCAAAUACUCGGGUGGCAUGGACGUGGUGCGCCAGCUUUAUAAAGAGGGCGGUGUUCGCAGUGUGUUCCGUGGCAGCGCCAUGACUCUUGCCCGUGACGGUCCCGGCUCGGCAGCCUAUUUCGCUGCUUAUGAAUACAUCAAGCGGAGUCUUACCCCGAAAGAUGAAGAGGGAAACAUCACCGGUCAACUCUCUCUGUCUGCCAUUGUAGCUGCCGGUGGUGCUGCCGGUGUUGCUAUGUGGAUCCCCGUCUUCCCAAUUGAUACCAUCAAGUCCCGUCUUCAGAGUGCUCCUGGUAAGCCUACUAUUGGCGGAACUAUCAGAACCGUCUAUGCCAGCGGUGGUCUCAAGGCCUUCUUCCCUGGCUUUGGACCGGCACUCGCUCGUGCGAUUCCUGCAAACGCAGCAACCUUCCUUGGUGUUGAGCUGGCUCACAAGUUUAUGGUGAAGACGUUUGACGAAUAA